AUGUCUGCCACUGAACUAGAACAAGACAGCCUCUAUAUUAUGCUGUUUCUCCGAAGCCAUCCGCCCACCCUAAACGAUUUCCACUGGGCAUUCUAUUUCCACCGUGGCCUCAACGAUGGGAUGAAAUAUCACGUCAGACAACAAGGAAAUAGCGGAUGGAUGGCAGACCAUGGAGCAACAGCUGGUGUGAUGAAGGCCUUUUUACUUGUCGGUCUAUUUAAGAUUGGUGAUGUUCCUCUAUCUUUUCGAGAGAGUCUAGACGGCAUUAUGAGGACAUACGAUGACAAGCUCAAUACUCCCGGGGUUGUCUGCACUUGUCGAAUCUGGCUCCUAUGGAUUCUUGCACUCUUGCAGAGACCAGUUGGUGGGGAAAGAAUUCUGAAUUGCGAUGAUAUACAGGCUCUUGAGGGCGAGGUCAAGGCAUGGGGAAAUGAAAAUGCACUCAGUGCAUCGAACAAUGAGCAACCAAGACCUAUUGGUGUGUCGUCCUUGUGUAGAGGUAGUCUAUGA